AUGCAUGAUGGAUCGACUCGCGCCUUCACUAAAUCGGAGCAAUCCUACGAUUGGCGGGAAGCGCCCUUCGUGAACAAGAUCGUGUCCUACAUACCGCUACCAACAACCACUCCUCGCAAACUUCCUCCCGUCCAGUCCAAAGACUUUCCCGAAAUACGCGCGCAAAGAAAGCAGAGAGAGCAACGUAGAGUCGCCGUACGAGACGAGUUCAAGCAUAGCUGGGACAGUUACAAGGAGUUUGCUUGGGCACAAGAUGAGCUCAGGCCAGUUACAGCGGAGGGUGAAGAGUCGUUUGGCGGCUGGGGUGCCACUUUAGUCGAUUCGCUAGACACACUCUGGAUCAUGGGCCUCAGAGACGAAUUCGAAGAGGCCGUGGAGGCUGUGGCGGCCAUCGACUUCGGUAAGACCAACCUUACCACUGUGAGCGUCUUCGAAACGACCAUCAGAUACCUGGGUGGACUGUUAAGUGCAUACGAUAUGAGCGGCAAGCCCAUCUUGCUUAAGAAAGCGAUACAACUCGGAGAGAUGCUGUAUCGAGCGUUUGAUACAACCAACAACACACCUCUGGGCUGGCUGCAUGUGGAGAACACCAAGGCGAUAGGGAGGGCAGCCUUUGCUGCUGAGAGCAACAUCUGCUUUGCCUGUCUUGGAAGCUUGACAAUGGAGUUUACGCGUCUUGCGCAGGUCACGUUAGAGCCAAAGUACUAUGAUGCGGUCGCGAGGAUCACCAUAAUGAUGGAUCACGCGCAAGACAGUACUAGGCUACCUGGUCUAUGGCCGACUAUGGUGAACGCCGCGAAAGAAGAAUUCAACCAAUCUCGCUUCUUUUCUAUCGGCGCGCUUGCUGACAGCACGUACGAAUAUUUCCCCAAGAUGUAUGCGUUGCUCGGCGGCGUGGAACCUGCGUACGAGAAGAUGUACCGUGACUCGGCGGAAAUGAUCGACGCGUACAUGCUUUUCCGGCCCAUGGUGCCUGACAGCGCGCACGGAGAAGACUUACUACUAUGUGGCGAUGUCUUUACACGCGGCGAAGAUGCCAGUCUCGACCCUACCAUGCAGCACCUGACAUGCUUCAUUGGCGGCAUGUUUGGCUUAGCCGGUCGCCUCUUCUCUGACCCUGACCACGUGGAUCUCGGCGCGAAACUUACCAAGGGGUGUAUAUACGCCUAUUCUGCUACCCCUACAGGCAUCAUGCCCGAGACAUUCGAUAUGAUCGCCUGCGAUUCCCGGAAAUCCUGUCCCUGGAACCAAACAGCUUGGGAGGUGGGCGCAAUGUAUCACUACAGCAGCAAAUAUAUUGCUCAUUUCGAUGAUGCGGUGGAAAAGUACAAGAUCCCACCUGGCUUCACCAACAUCCGUGAUAGACGGUACCUGCUCAGACCUGAAGCCAUCGAGUCCGUGUUCAUCAUGUACCGCAUCACUGGUGACCGUCAAUAUCUGGACGACGCCUGGGACAUGUUCACCAGCGUUGUUGCCGCAUCUCGAACGCCACACGCAAACGGACAAGUCCGAGACGUUACGUUUGUGGCGCCAAAAGCCCCAGGCCGAGGAUUCAAGUCCGUUCCAGGUGUAGGCGAUGUACCGUACACACACGAAGACAAUAUCGAGAACAAGAUGGAAAGCUUUUGGACAGCGGAAACGUUGAAGUACUUUUAUCUCAUCUUCAGCACGCCAGAUAUGAUCAGCUUGGAUGACUGGGUUUUCAAUACUGAGGCGCAUCCCUUCAGGCGGCCAAAGCCGAGAUAG